AUGAACAUUAACUACGCACAAGGAAUAGUUUUGAUAGUUCUUGCGUGUGUGUUACACACAAAUUGUGCAAAAUCUGACAAAAACUUGGAAAAAGUUACUUCCAAAUCGAAUCCCAAAGAUGGAGAAAAAUCAUUAGAUGUCAAAAAAAACGAGGGUGACGCUGAAACAAUGUUAUUAAAUAUUGCCACUAUAAUACAAGGUUGUAUAGACGAAAGAACAAUGAAUAAUAAAGAGUUCAAAAUAAAACUGGAUAAUUUGUAUAGGAAUUUGGUAAUGAAAAGAAUAAACAAAUUAAUAACAAAACUUACAACUAAAGUAAAUGACAUUAAAAAAAAAUAUGAGAAAGACGUCGAAGUAUUGAAGAUAAUGAACAGUAUGCCGGAUAGCGGAAGCAGUAAAAAUGACAAUAAAAAGUCAAAAAAAUCAAACAAAAAAUAA